AUGCUCGGAUUUCGAUAAUUAUCAUCUAAAUACACUCAUUCUGUCAAAAAGCUUAUUGUCAACAGCUUCAAUCUCUUUGGAGUAUAACCAAAAUUAACAAUCACAAAAGCUAAAUCAGUAAACACAUUCUUGGGAUCAACAUUUACAAUUUUGUUAUUAAUAAUGAUAAUUGCUUUACUUCUUUAUGAUUUAAAUGAAUUUACUUAAAGAGAGCAACCAAGAGUUAUAAUAUCUGAAAAUGAAAUAGACACAAAUAGAGUAUCUUUAUUUUUAAUAUCUUAUUAAGGAGUACUCUCUUGAUUAAUCUAAUUUCACAUUAGCCUUAGCUAUUUAUAAUAAAGAUUUUAUACCUAUAGAACAAAUGGAGAGAUAUUUUACAUUAUCAAUUCAAUUCUGUAAAAAAACCAAAAAUACAGAUCAAAAUUUAACUUAUUUGAAGUAAACUUUUAUUAAAGAUUAGAUAGUUGUACUAAUAUAGAAACAGUCCCAUGUCAAGAAAAUAAUUUUUAGAAUAAAGACUAUUAAAAAUAUUUUGUAGGAACUAAUCUUAGUAAUUUCAUGUGUAUAAAAAAUAAUUAGUUUGAUAUUCACAAACCAGUAUAUUUAAAUAACUAUAUAUUUAGAGUUUUUAAGGAUUAAAACAAUCAGAUAUAUACAAUUAUUUUACUAUCAAACUAUCUAUUUGUAGAAAUACCACUGAUCAGCAAGAUUGCUUUUCUGAAGAAAAUAUUAAAAUUUAACUCUUUCAAACUUAUUAUACUUACUAUCUUAUUGAUAAUCUAUUACAGUUAGAUAAUUCUUAAAAUUUAACUUAAUCAAUAUUAAGAAAACAUCAUCUCUAAAUUUAUAAUAACCAUUUAAGAUAAAUUAAGUAAUAAUAUAUGAUAUAUGAAAAUGUUGUCGAUAAAGCAUUUAUUUAUACAUAAAAUGAAUAUCAUCAUUAUUUACAAUUAUAAGAGUAAAAGGAAUUAUUAAUUUUCGAUCCUUCUAAUUUAUUAGUAGAUUAAGAAAUCGAUCUCAAUUAUAAAUAAACUAAACUUAUUAUCUCUUAUAUGAAAGUCUCAACAUUCUUGAGUAAAUUUGGAGGAUAUAUCAUUAUUAUUUACAUCUUUUUUAAUAUUUUAUUACAGCCAAUAAAUAAACUAUUUUAUUUGAUUCAUUUAAGUAAUAAAAUCUUUCGUUUUAAGAUAUUACAAAAUGAUUUUAAUUUAUGUUAAUAAGGUAAUGAUUAAAUAGUACAAAAUUCAGCCUAUUAUUAAAAUAUAGAAAGUCCUAAUUCUUAUUGUUUGGUAAAUGUAAAUGAAAAUCUGAUACUUCAAAAUUCUAGGAUUUUUACUUAUUUAUAAAAUCUAAAAAAUAGUCUAAAACUAACUUGGGGUUAAAUUAUAACAAUUUUGCUUGGAUGUAGUAAAGAUUAAAAAAAUUAAUUGAAAUAAGCAGAAAUUAAAUUAAAUUAGAAAAUUGAUGUGACCUUUUUAAUAAAGAAAUUAAUGGAAUUAGAAAAAUUAAAAUAUAUUCUUCUUAAUGAUGAUCAAUUAAAUUUAUUUAAUAGUGCUUAAAAACCAAUAUUAUUUUUUGAUGAAAAGAAUUAUAAUAACUAAAAGUAAUAUUUUGAUGAAGAUUCAAAACUCACAAAAAUUUAAAAGGGUUUUAAGUCAUAUGUUAGUCUUUAAUAAAAAUCAUAAAAAGGAGCAACAGAUUUAAAACUUUUAUCUUUGCUAGAUAAUGAUAUAAUAAAUCUAUAUGAAUAAUUAUAUCGAGAUAUCACUUUUAAAUCAUUUUUCUAAAAUAUAACAUUAAAAGAGUCUAAAACAUUAAAAUCGAAAAAAAAUUCAAAAGGAGGUUCUCCAGAUUAAUAGAUGCACAAACAUGUUAAAUUAUAGACCAAUGCUGAUUAGUGA